GUGGUUGUCAUCACGGGCGCCAACGCCGGCCUCGGCUACCAGGUCGUUCGCGCCCUCUGCGCUGCCCACGAGCCGGGCGACAUUAUCCUGAGCGGCCAGUCGCUAGAGAGGGCACAGAGUGCCGCCGCCGACGUCCUCGCCGAGUUCUCUUCCACGCCUCAACGGGUCUGGCCGUUGCGUCUCGACAUUACAGACGACGCCAGCAUCGAGGCCGCCUUUGCCCAGGUGCAGUCCCAGUUC